AUGGCGACCAUUCGGAGAUCCCGCCGCCUCGAACAAAAAGCGACCGACGCACAGGAGGAAGCAGAAUCCGCUACUGCCACUCAGAUCGCUGCCGAGACCGCUGCUCCAGCACCCACUGCCAGGAAGACCACCUCUGGAAGGAAGAAGACAGCUGCCAUUGGUCCUAAAGCAGAACCUGCGGACACUGUCAUGGCUGGACCAGCAGCUCAGUCAAAGACCAAGAAACCGAAAUCCGCCCGCAAGACAGCCACCACCACGGCAACAACAACAAGCGCACCCAAGAAGGUUCGAGCUACGACAAAGGCAACGACCAAGGCUAUUGAAACAGCAGCAAAGGAGAAGGAGGCGAAAUCGAAGGCCAAAGCUGUGAAGAAGGUCAAAGACGAGUCAACAACACCAAAGGAGGAGGCUAAACCGAGAGCCAAGCGCGCUAAGAAUAGCAAAAACGACACAUCAUCGAGAGCAGAAGUAGGAGCAGAGGAAAUGGAGCCCAAGGUCAAGACUAAGCGCGCAAGGGGGGUCAUGAAGGAGGACGGCGACACGACGACGUCGACUGCAUCUGCGGGACGGAAGAAGCGCAAAGCUGAUCCGGAGGAUGAUGGUACUGAUGGCAAUAGCGAAGGAUCAGGGACUGCUUCAUUGACACAGGUUGGACCCAUCACCAAGAAGCGUAAGACGAUGAGGGGCAAGAAAACUGGAGCUGCUGGAGCUGUCGAACCUCCAAAUGCCGUUGUCAUCAACAGGUCGGACCCCUACUCGGUUCUCCCCACAGAGCUCUGGCAGGAAGUGAUGUCGUACCUUUCCCUCUCCCAAAUCACCAAGGCCUCAUCUGUUUCCAAGAGCUGGUUGGAGGGAACACAGUCGUUGCAAGUCUGGCGCGAUAUCUGCACCAACGGUUCACUAGGCAACCCCAAGAAAAAGUAUCCGACGCACAUGAGCCUGGUCUGCUCACAGUCGUACUGGGUCUGCGAACGCUGUCUGAUGAUGAGCAACGGCAAGGGGUCCAACAUCCCCCUGCCCGUCGAGAUUGCUGAGCUGGCGAACGAGAAGCGAAUGCUCUGUCGGAACUGUCGGUGUCGCUAUUACAAGAAACAUCCCGAGAAGAUUGAGCUUCGCAAGAACGUGAUGAACCACUAUGGAGAGUAUAUCUCUGAGCGCGACGUCAGGAUUACCAAGACUGACGCUUGUUCGAUGUUCCACCUGACGACUGAGGAUCUCUUGUCGCUGAGCUGUGUGACGAAGCGGAACCCACAUUACAGGAAUGCGCCCCCAAUGAAGUUGUAUCUGGAGCGGAAGGUGCAGAAGCUAUCGCUGGAGGUUCAUGGCGGUUGGAUUGGGAUUCAGGCUGUCAGUCGCGAGGUGGCCAAGGCUCGACGGGCGGAUGCCAAGGAACGUGCCCAGGGGUUACAGACGCGUGUGGUUCAGAGUACGGGCAAGACGAAGACGGAGAAGAACAAGGACACGUCGUCGACCAAAGGCAAGGUGCCCAUGACGCAAGCGGCUGCCCUGGCUACAUAUGACGACGACAUCCAGAGGUGGGUCAAGAUACUUCAGAAGCCUCAGCGAAAGGCACUGGUCGUCGAGGCGAUUGCCGAGGCUGAGAGACGAAUUGCGGCGGGCGAGCCUCCGCAGGUGAUCGACUACAGGUCGGUGACGCCUGGCCACGAGUGGAUCGAUACACUCAGGUUUGCUCUCAACACGAAUGCUUCGACGCGGGAGGAGAUCAAGAAGAUUGUCCAGUACUUUGAGGCUGGUGUCUAUGACGCCCUCCAGCUUUCUUGUGCGUCGUCCACCGAGGCUGCUGCUGGAGCAGAGGUUGGGGCUAUGCGAUUAACAGAAGCGGGAUCUUCUUCCUCGAUGGCGGCGGUUCUCCCUCCCGUAAUGGACACAACCGUCACUGUUGCCUAA